GAGUCUUCUUUGGUUGUCAUUCCAUUCAAACCAUACCACCACCAAUACCUCCAAAUAAAACCACCCUCUCUCUCUCUCUCUAUCAUAAACAGUUAAACCCUCUCUUCCCUUGGAAACUUGUUCCUCUUCCUCUAAUUCUAGUACCACCUCCUUUAGAUUCCACCAAAAUCUGAUAUACUAAUACUAUUGUAGGGUAAAAGAUCAUCCCUUUAUUGUACAUAACAAAAGAGAAAACACAGAGAAACCAACAACAACAACCAUGGCUGCUAACAAGUUUGCAACCAUGUUACACAGGAACACCAACAAGAUCACCCUUGUUCUUGUCUAUGCCAUCCUUGAAUGGAUUCUCAUCCUCCUCCUUCUCCUCAAUUCUCUCUUCUCCUACCUCAUCAUAAAGUUUGCAGAUUUAUUUGGCCUCAAGAGACCCUGCAUGUGGUGCACCAGAAUCGAUCAUCUCAUAGAGCCUGCAAAAUUCAACAAGAGUUUAUGCAAGGAUCUUGUUUGUGAAGCUCAUGCCUCUGAGAUUUCCAAGCUUGGGUUCUGCUCCAACCAUCACAAGUUGGCUGAAUCAAACCACAUGUGUGAGGAUUGCUCAUCUUCAUCUCAACCAAGUUAUGCCAAAUUGUCUCAAAGCUUUGGUUUCUUCCCAUGGAUGAAGCAAAUUGGUGUGGCUGAUGACAGGGCUAUUGAGAAAACAGAGGAGCCUCUGACUUGUUCUUGUUGUGGCACCAACUUGGACAGCAGAUUCUACCCUCCUUGCAUUCUGAUCAAGCCUUCUCUUGAUGUUUUGGGGUAUAGCCAGAAGCAGAAUUUGCUCACAGAGCGUGGCGUUGACACGGAGGUUGACGAUGGCGAUCGCUCAGAUCACAGCAGAUCAGAUGAACAGAGCACUGAAGAAAACAGGGGAGGUGACUUGGUUUUUGAGAUUGAUCAGUGCUCUGGUAGAAGAACAGAGGAAGCAGGGGAGAGUUGUGCUUGUUCUGUUUGUGAUGGCUUGGAUUUUAGUUUAGAGAAAGGGAAAGAAGCCAUUGAAGAGGAAGUAGAAGCUUUGAUAGUUUCUGAGGAAAAGAAUGAUGAUCAGGCCUGUGAGAAGAACACUACUUCUAAAGUUGAUUGCACUGAGGAGGAGACGACUCUGGAAAUUCCAAACAAACAUCUUGAAUUUUUCAUUCAUGGUGAUGAUUGCAGGUUGAUUCCUGUUGAAUUUGACUCUGCUGCCACAGAAGAUGCAAAUCAAAGCAGGUAUAAGGCCAAUGGCGAAGAUUUUAUUCUGGAUUUUGACACGAGUGUUGAUGCUGAAGCUGCGCCGGUUAUUGAGAAUUGGCACAUUUCCGGGGAGGAAACUGUGGCAGAAUUUUCAUGCCAAGAGAAUACAAAGGCCUUCAAGGUCAAUGAGAUUGAAUCAAUUCAAUUACAAGAAGAGGAACAACAUUUGGAGCAAGGUUAUCAAGAUGUGAAGAUUGCUGAAACCACUGAAGAUUUGCACAAGGAUGAUAAUGCUGAACCAAACAUGGAAAGAAGAGAUGGAGAAUCAUGUUCAGAUGUUUCAACAGCGUCUGAAGAUGGAUCGCAGUUGCAGGGAGAGGAAUUUGAAGCAGAAGUGUCCAUAGGGACUGAAAUUCCUGAUCAGGAGCAAGUUGAUGAGUAUCAAAGCCAAGAUAUUGUUUUGGAUACAAGUCAAAGGAUACAAGAAGAUCCAUCUACUAGCACAGUCAGUUAUCAAGUCCAGGAUCAUAGUGGCCAUGAGAAAUUAGAAGAAUUUGUGGAAUUCAAAACCAUGUCACUUGAAGUGAGAAUGCCAACAGUAAAUAACCACUUUUCGGAGUCUUCUGAGGUUCAUGAGAAUGAGGAAGAAAGGGUUCCUGAGACCCCAACUUCAGUGGAGAGUCUGCAUCAAAUACACAAGAAACUACUACUCCUUGACAGGAAAGAAUCUGGAACAGAAGAGUCGUUGGAUGGAAGCGUUGUAAGCGACAUAGAAUGUGGCGAGGUAUCCAUUGAGAAGCUAAAAUCAGCAUUGAAAUCAGAAAGGAAGGCUUUAAGCACUCUAUAUGCAGAACUAGAAGAAGAGAGAAGUGCAUCUGCUGUGGCGGCAAAUCAAACAAUGGCAAUGAUAAACAGGCUUCAAGAAGAGAAAGCAGCAAUGCAGAUGGAAGCUUUGCAGUAUCAGAGAAUGAUGGAAGAACAAUCUGAGUAUGAUCAAGAGGCAUUGCAGCUUCUGAAUGAGCUUAUGAUGAAGAGGGAGAAAGAGAAGCAAGAGCUAGAAAAGGAGCUUGAAGUGUAUAGGAAAAAGGUUCAUGAGUAUGAGGUAAGGGAAAAAAUGUUGAUGAUGUCAAGAAAUGGUAGCAGUAUAAGAAGCAGAACUUCAUCUCCCUCUUGCAGCAUUGCUGAAGAUAGCGAUGGAUUAUCUAUCGAUUUGAGUCAUGAAGCGAAGGAAGAAAACGGAUUUUGUAGCAGCCAGCAAGAAUGCAGCAACAACCAGAACACACCUGUGGAUGCAGUCUUGUAUUUGGAGGAAUCAUUGGCAAACUUUGAACAAGAGAGGCUAUCAAUUAUAGAACAGUUGAAGGUACUGGAAGAGAAGCUUAUUAUAUUGAACUAUGAAGAGCAAGAGCAAGUUCAUGAUGAUACAAAAUCAACAGAAUAUCUUUGUGAGGAGAAUGGGAAUGGAUAUCAUGAUCAUGAUGUUGAUAAUCAUGGUGGUCAGGUAAAUGGAUAUGCAAAUGGCCAUGCAAAUGGUAAGCAUCAUGAAGGGAUAAAAAUCAUGGGUGCAAAAGCCAAGAGUCUUCUCCCACUUUUUGAUGCAAUGAGCACAGAAGAAGAUGUGGAGUUGAGUGGAGAUGAGUUAGAAUUUUCUCCCAUGCAACACAUUUCGGCAGAAAAGGCUAAUUCGGAUAAGAAAAAGCUUGCUCUAGAAGAGGAAGUGGAUCAUGUUUAUGAGAGACUACAGGUGUUGGAGGCAGAUAGAGAGUUUCUAAAGCAUUGUAUCAGCUCCUUGAGAAAAGGGGACAAAGGGUUAGAGCUUCUUCAAGAAAUUCUACAACAUCUUCGUGAUCUCAGGAAUGUGGAACUCAGAGUGAGGAACAUGGGAGAUCUUGCAGUGUAACUAACAAGUCCAUGCUCAUACUAGAUUUGUUAUACUGGAAUUGAAGUUGAUCCACAUGCAGCAGAUCAAGCAUACAACAUGAGCAUUGAGUACCACUGGUGUGGUCUACCAUAGAUACAGGACAACCAAUGCAAAUGCAUCACUUCAAUGUUAACAAAAAGUGGGAUUCCUUAAUGGAGAGGGGAAAUCCUGGUAUGGUCUGUGUUGAUACAAUCAUGGUGGACAACAAAACUGGAGUCUACCCUUCUCUUUUUCUUGUUUUGUUUUGUCCAUGUAAGCCCAAAAUUUUUAUGGGGUUGGUGUCUCCAUUUCAUCAUCAGUCUUUGUGGAAAAGGAUGGUGAUGAUUGAGUAUAUGUCUGUGUAGGGUAGUGAGGUUAAGGCCAACCUGUCACAUUGUGUAUUUUGUGAGAAAAAAGACCUGGCUUGCAAAGCUGGAGGGAUAUAACAAAAGAUUCCAGUGCCAGGUACAUAUAGCUUUAGUUUAUUAGAGACAGAAUUAGGGCCACUACUUUUGUCAUUUUCCUUCAUUUUUUGUUUCCUUUGAUAAGGGUGAAAGAUGGGGUAAGUAGCCUCUUCCUUUUUCUCUUCUCUCAUCUUUUGCAUACUUGCAUUCUGUUGAGGUUUGUUUUUUAAAUUUUUUAUUUUUCUGAGGGGGACAAGGUGAGUCACUUGUAUACUACAUGUAUUCAUUUUGUAAUUAUAUAUAUAUAUAUAUAAAAAAGUGUUUGUUUGUUUAAACUUU